AUAUGUAAGAAAUGUGGGAAAGCUUUUAGCAGUAAAAUUCAUUUUAAAAUACAUGAAAAUGUUCACACUGGAGAGAAACCCUAUGUGUGUAAGCAAUGUGGAAAAGGUUUCAUCCAACCUGGAAAUUGUAAGCAACAUGAAAGAUUUCACACUGAAGAGAAACCCUAUGUAUGUAAGGAAUGUGGGAAAUGUUUCACCAGACGUGGACGUUGUAAAGAACAUGAAAGAAUUCACACUGGAGAGAAACCAUAUGUAUGUAAGCAAUGUGGGAAAGCUUUUAAUACACGUGCAUAUUGCAAGGUUCAUGAAAGAAUUCACACUGGAGAGAAACCCUAUGUAUGUCAGCAAUGUGGAAAAGGAUUCACCAGACCUGGACAUUGUAAGCAACAUGAAAGAAUUCACACUGGAGAGAAACCAUAUGUAUGCAAGCAAUGUGGGAAAGGUUUUAACACACGUGCACAUUGUAAGAUUCAUGAAAGAAUUCACACUGGAGACAAGCCCUAUGUAUGCAAGCAAUGUGGGAAAGCUUUUAAAACAUGUGGAUGUUUUAAGGUUCAUGAAAGAACUCACACUGGAGAGAAACCAUAUGUAUGUAAGCAAUGUGGGAAAGCUUUUAAAACACAGGGAUAUUGUAAGAUACAUGAAAGAAUUCACACUGGCGAGAAACCAUAUGUAUGUAAGCAAUGUGGGAAAGCCUUUAACACACGUGGAUGUUUUAAGGUUCAUGAAAGAACUCACACUGGAGAGAAACCCUAUGUAUGUAAGCAAUGUGGGAAAGCUUUUAAAACACAGGGAGAUUGUAAGGUACAUGAAAGAAUUCACACUGGCGAGAAACCAUAUGUAUGUAAGCAAUGUGGGAAAGCCUUUAACACACGUGGAUGUUUUAAGGUUCAUGAAAGAACUCACACUGGAGAGAAACCCUAUGUAUGUAAGCAAUGUGGGAAAGCUUUUAAAACACAGAGAGAUUGUAAGAAACAUGAAAGAAUUCACACUGGAGAGAAACCAUAUGUAUGUAAGCAAGGUGGAAAAGAUUUUACCCUACAUAGACAUUAUAAUCUAACAUAA